AUGGCCGUGUCAGUUUUCUACCUUCUUUUUUCUAAUCAUAUCACCACCUCCCAGAUGGUCGACAUCAGGAAGCAGACCGACUGGCUCCGUCGAUGGCUCGCCACCCAGCUCAUGCCAGAUGACUCGGACGAUUCGCAGUCGAGCGAGACAGAGGCUGAUGGUCAAGAAAUUCCUACACAGAGGUGGCUAUCCGAUCCGGAAACAGCAGAUGUCCCGGAACAGCCGCGCGACGAGCCCCCGCCCCCGCCCGACAAUGGCGAUAGAGAUGUCAGUAAUAUCGGUGUAGCCGACACUCCCACCAACAGAGAUGUCGAUUGUAUCGGUGUAGCUGACUCUCCUGCCGACAAAGACGAUAUCGACGACAAGCCAUGGGGAGAUCGAAUCCGCGAUUAAUGCGCACCGAGGUUCACCGAGCUGGAGGCUAUUUUUCUGCCAAGCAGCGUGCCGUGCCACCAGAAUUACGACUGUGCAUCGGCAGGGAGGGAUUUGUGCGCAUCUUCGACCACACAACUGUGCAGUGGGAAGAUGUCGAGC